AGCAGCUGCCAUUUUAGCUGCACAGGACACUGUUCUUCCCUCAAGCAUGGAGCACAGACGACCAGACAGCUAACCAUCAUCAUCCUCAAGUUAACCGUUUGCCUGUGAAAGCACAGGUGCCAUGGUGACGCUGAAUCACUUGAGUGUCGAGGACCCAGACGAUGGUUCUCCACUGCUGCCUGAGGCUGCGGAGGUUGCAACACCAACGCCUGUCUUUCACAGGCAGCGAGUGAUCACAAAUACUGAGUCAAGGGAAUUUUUCCUCACCAGGAGUGAGAACCUUGCCUUCAGUCUGGUGCUGCUGAUUGGAUGCUACUCGGCUAUUUUGAUUCCUGCAUAUCUCCCCUUGGAUAAAGUGGCAAAUCUCAGUGAUGACAACCAACUUCCCAAAGAUCUGGUCUUACUAAAUCGGUCAGCCUCCCUGCUGUCAGACCCCUGUCAGCCUCGGUGGUGUCUGGACCACCUCAAGCCCCUUUCUUGUUCUGCAGGCCUCCUAGACAUACCUGUGUUUGUGCAGAAGGACAGGCCUGUGUCCUGGGAUUUGUCCCCGCCUCUGGGGCUCCAGGGCAGCGAAGGUCAUCUGGCCCAGGUUCUUGCAUCUCUGCCUCAGCCUGGCAUGCCUCCAUCACUAAGGAGUGAAGGCAGCUGCAGACGAUGUGUGGUGAUGGGCAAUGGAGGGGUUCUUCAUGGCAGCCAUCUCGGAUCAGAUAUAGAUCAGUAUGACAUCAUUAUCAGGCUAAAUAAUGCUCCAGUGCCUGGCUUUGAAAAAGAUGCUGGUUCCCGCACAACCAUCCGCCUGAUUUAUCCAGAGGCAGCACCUCACUCCGCAAACGAGUAUAAAAAGACCACCAUGGUUGCUUUGGUGGUCUUUAAGAGCCUGGACCUGGACUGGCUCACUUCUGUCAUCACCAAACAGCCUCUGAGCUUCUGGUCCAAAAUGUGGUUCUGGAGGGAGGUGGUAGAUGAUAUUCCCCUGACAGCAGAGAGCUUCAGGAUCCUCCAUCCAGAGAUUAUUCAUAAAACAGGACAAGUUCUACAGAAAUAUGCUCUGAAACAGGGAAACAUGGUGCCAACACUAGGUGCAAGUGCGGUGGUGAUGGCUUUGCAGCUGUGUGACCAUGUGAGCCUGGCAGGGUUUGGGUACGACAUGCAGCACCCAGGUGCCAGACUUCACUACUAUGAGACCAUACGCAUGGAGGCAAUGAAGGCACAAGUGGUGCAUGAUGUAAGUGCUGAGAAACUCUUUCUGAGGGACCUGGUGGCUUCAGGAGCUGUGUCUGACCUCACAGGAGCUCUGAGUCAGCAGUGCAGAGACUGAAAAUGUACUGAAUUCUACAUGCAAUCCUAUCUUCUGUCUGCCAGUGUGGAGUCCUCCAUCACCGUGCCCUGCUGGAAGAACCCUACACAGCCAAGACUGACUUUUAAAAACGCUCACAAUCCCCAGGGUUGACCGACGAGUGAGAAAAUUAAAAGGUUAGACAAUCUCAUGAUCGGUGAGACUAACCUUAGCAUAAUUUGUUUACAUUCAAUUAACUUUCUACAUCACCAGUUAUUAAAUAUCAUAUGAAUGAAUAAUUGUGCCAUCAUACAUGGGAACACACUCAGCUAAUGACUAAAAUUAUGUAAAAUUAAUGUAAUGGUCAAUGGUUCAAAUUGUGUCAUUUCAAUUCUGCUUACAAUGACUCAAUAAACAAGUGAAAGUGAGACAUAUUUAUUGUCUCCAAAAUAUAAUCUAUGUUAAAAGGGAGACAUACAGUAAUUGCAUGUUUCAUUCAUACAAGUUAUGACACUAGCAGUAGUAAAGGCAACAAUGGGCAGUAUCUGCAUUUAUAAAAA